AUGCGCAUUGAUCAGCACCUGCUGGAAACCAGUGGCCAUGGCAGCGUCCUGUGUCAGCGCAUCCUCAGCCUCAACCCCAUCUUCGAGGCUUUUGGCAAUGCUGCCACUAAACUCAAUGAUAACUCAUCCCGCUUUGGCAAAUUCCUUGAAGUGGUCUACAAUAUGGACAACGGUCUUCCCAUGCCCGUGGGCGCGCGCAUGUCCCGCUACCUUCUGGAGAAAUCACGCGUGACUGCCCGCGCCCCCGGAGAAGAGACCUUUCAUGUGUUUCGUUACUUGAUUGGCAACAUGGCCGAAGAUCUAGCCGAGACUUUCAAAGUGAAAGGCCGGCGCUUCAACUAUCUGCCCCCUAACAAGUCUGACAAGGCCAAAAAGAAAGAGGAAGCUGCAGCUUGGGCCGAGCUCAGCGAAGCCAUGGCUACCAUUGGUAUCACGCCCGACCAGCAACGACAGCUCGAGGAGCUGCUGUUGGCGGUCUUACUCAUUGGCGAAGUGCAAAUUAGCACCGCCGAUGAUGAGCACGCCGAUAUUGCCAAUCCCGACGCUCUGGACGAUGUCGCCUCCCUGCUGGAUGUCGACGUCGAAGAGCUGGGCAAUUGCUGGCUGACUCAAGCCAUCACCACGGCCGGCGAAACGUUUGUCAAGCCACUGAUGCCCGUGCAGGCCGAGGAUCUACGCGAUGCCACCGCCAAGGAGCUCUAUAAUCGCGUUUUUGACUGGCUCUUUGAACGUGCCAACCAAGCCCUUCGCCCCGCCAAUGACGACACGUCCAACUAUCCCUGUAUUGGCAUUUUGGACAUUUUUGGGUUCGAGAAGUUUGACUACAAUGGCUUUGAACAGCUCUGCAUCAACGCCGCCAAUGAGCAGCUGCAGGCUUUUUUCGUGUCCCAUAUCUUCAAACUCGAACUUAUGGAAUAUCAGUCCGAGGGCAUUCAAGGGACCAUCAUCGACUACACCGACAACAAGGCCCAGGUGGACCUUAUUAUCAAGAAACCGGUUGGCCUACUGCUGCUCAUCGAUGAGGCCUCGCGGUUUCCACGCGCAACUGAGCGCUCGUUACAAGACAAGCUCAACCUGCACGGCAAGAGUAGCUCUGUUUAUUUUGCGCAAGGCGGCUCGGAUCUGACUUUUACGAUCAAGCACUAUGCCGGCCCAGUAACCUACACUUCGGACGAAUUCCUGUCCCGUAAUCGUGACAAGCUAGCGGGAGGCCUCGCCGAUGUCCUCGCCGAAUCUGGCAACGCCCUCGUGCAGGCGCUGUUUGGUACCGCGACGGCAGCUUCGUCGGCUGAAUCAGAUCGCACCCAGAUGAAAAAGAUGCGCCAGUCCAACAAAAAGGCGAAAGCAAGCUUUCGCUUCAAAUCUUCUCGCAAGAGCAUGAAAGGCGGUGGUGGCUCUCAUGAUGAUGGGGACGGUGCAAGCGGUGGCAAUCGCUUUGUGCGCAUGGCCAAACACAUGUUCUCGCGGAAGGAUCGCGGCGUAUCCCGCAAGUCACGCCGGGUGGUGCGCGUGCAAUCUAAAGCAGCUCCUACCGUUGCUGCUGUUUUUCGCCAGAGCUUGACGGUUCUUAUGGCCAAGAUUAAGAGUUGUAGCCCCCACUUUAUCCGUUGCUUAAAGCCAAACGACGUCAAGAAACCAGAUUUGUUUUUGGUGAACCAAGUCUUGCGUCAACUCCGCUACACGGGUGUCAUGGAAACAACGAAGAUUCGCCAGCACGGCUUUCCUCACCGCUUCCUCUUUGAUGAGUUUGCCAAGAAGUAUCAGUUGGCGUUGCAGCUUGACCCAAAGCUCAGUGCGAAAGAUGCGACCGUUGCUGCCCUCGAGCGCUGCGGCAUUACCGAUUACGCACUCGGUGCCACCAAGGCGCGCCGUGCCGCCCAAGCCAAGGCGCGGGCCGAAGCUGAGGCUGCCGCUGCAAAGCAGACUGCUGCUACAUCAUCCGCACCAGCAUCCAGAGGCAAUGCCUCAUCUCCUUCGAGUUCGGCGCCACCACCGCCUUUGAUGCGUCGUCGCUCUAGUCAGCAGAUGAUGAAGGUGCAGCGCCGUCGCAGCUCGAUGCUGAUUGCCCCCAACAUUUCAGCGGAGGCCGCUGGACAGGUACGCCCAGGCGUGGUGCAGUAUGGUGGUCUCAGUUAUCACAUGAUCGAGCCGGAUAACGGCGCAUCCUUCUGGGCCUAUGUCGUCAAUCAGACCAUCAGCCGUGUGGUCGGCAGUCUCGAGGACCUCAAGCAAGUGCUCCCUAUGAUUGAAGACUCCCGGGCUGAUGUUGAGCUCGCGCCUCUUGCGCGUGAGUUUGGGGAUAUUUCCGUGUACGCGCUCACCAAGCGAGUUGUGGACGGUGGUUUUAUCGCCGACCUCGUCGUCGCGGCUCCAGAGGUUGUACAUUGCGUCUGCGUUAUGUGCCUUACUUCAACCAUGCCACCUUCUCCGGAUCACACCGUGACAACCUACGCGCUCAUGCGUUUAUGGCACGGCUAUCGUGCUCGCGAGAAUGCCAUUGUCAUGCCACUUAGCAGUCGUUCAUCAAUUCUUUUGCUCAUCUAUCAUGUGCUCAAUGCGCCAUUACAAUCCGAGGAGAAUGUCCUGUGGACGCUGUGUCGCAAACUGCUGAGCGCUGGCGCCGCGCUGCCUGAUUAUGGGGUGCUCAAUGCGCUUGUGGACACACUAACAGCUCGCCUCAAGGCACUCCUAUCACGUGAAACACCGGGCCAUACUCGCUUGCAGUUGGCUUACCCAGCUCCUUGGGUCAAGUCCCAGCAGUUUGUCUCUCCCAAACGAAACAGUCUGCGACACCGCAGUUCUGCUGCCAAGGGCUUGGGCACGGCGCUUCAUACGACAAGUGUGCGCAAGGCAUCCAAACCCCUCGCCGCAAUUUGGCCCCCGCUGCAGGGUGAUCGUGCUCCCAGUGCCAGUCCUGAUCAAACACCAGUGCGCCGUGCCAGCAAGGCGCCGGUGCCAGCGCCUAAGCGGUUGCAACCGACGCAGGAGCUGCAAGCCAAUUUGUCAGCCAUGUUGUCAGACGGCUCGCCAGACCGACGACCAAAGCCAGCGCCAAAGCCAACCUUGCCCGCGAGUUUGAGUCAGGCACCCUCCGCUGGGUCCCCAUCUGCACCCACGAGCACGACAGCUGCGGGAAUAUCAUCACCUGAGGGUGAAAAACCCAAAGUAUCAGCCACGCUUGCGCGUCGACAAAACGUCCUCAUGUCCAAGCUUUCUGAGAUGUUUGGUGCGCCUAGCCCCAAGCCCUCACCGCCACCACCAAUGGCCAGUGCAAUGCCACCGCCGCCCGCUCCAGCUGAUUUGCCUGCACCGCCACCACCACCGGCAAUGCCUGUAGCCGGGGCCCCCCUUGCCCCACCUCCACCUCCUCCUCCGGAUACACUAGCAGGGCCUCUUCCUCCGACACCCCCCCUUCCCCCACCGCCGCCUGAAAUGGACUUUUCAUCCACACCUGGUCCACGAGGCCCAUUACCUCCAGCCCCGCCGCCGCCUCCCGCAGCUUUGGCCGGUGUAUCAAAUGCAGAUACCAGCAACUUGCCUCCACCUCCGCCACCCCCCGCCAUGGUAAAUAGAGCAUCUCCUGGCAACUCUACUAUGGUGCCACCGCCACCUGCAGCACCGCCUGCACCACCUGCAGCACCACCUGCUCCACCUGCAGCUCCACCUGCUCCACCUGCAGCUCCACCUGCUCCACCUGCUGCUCCACCUGCUCCACCUGCUCCACCGGCAGUGCCGCCUGCACCUCCUGCACCUGCACCACUAAUGGGUACUGCUAGCCUUCCACCCCCCCCACCUCCACCACCACCACCACCUGGAGGGGCAGCAGCGCCCAAGGCACCCGUGAAUGCCUUGCAGUCGAGCAGCGGUCUUGCAAAGCCCCCGGCGCCGCCAACGCCACCACCAGCAUCUUCUAAGCCAGCGCUGAUCAACUCCAAUCCUGGAAGUGGGCUGCUUACACCACCGCCACCACCGGCUGCGCUGCGUGGACCUUCCCCACCACCGCCACCACCCGAGGCAGAGCGCAAGUGGCUGCUCAAGCAGAUUGUGCCUGCACAACUGGUCGAGGUCGGGUUGCUCAUCAAGGACUGCAUCGCGCGUCUGGACGCGGCCGAACCCCCGCCACUGACCUUGAGCGAUGCGCCCAGCCUGGCCUCGCAACAAGCGGCCAAGGCCGGUGGCCCCGAAGUUCGCCGGGGACUCUCUCUCAGACGGCCCGCCGCUUAUUCUAACGCUUGCUAUAGGACAUUCAAUAUCAACCCAUGGAACACAAGCAUCGCCGUCAUAGUGCACCUCAUGCUGCGGCAACUGACUGAGCACGUCCAGCAAGCCAAGCGGUCACUACAUGUGCCCAAGCCGCUGCCGUUGGAUACCACUGUUGGUACCAUCAAGCCCUUCGAGCCACCGCUUCCAGCUCAGCUCUGCUCCCGCCAUCACCGUGUACCUGAGGUGGAGGCUACAAUGGAGAACGCCACCGGAGCCAAAUUCAUCUCCCAUCAAGGCCGUGAAUGUCAGGUUUUGUCCGACCACCGAGCAACGGUAGAGAUUCCGGCCUGGACAGCGGUGCUUCAGGACAUCCAUACCAUCCAAGCCAAAUGCCAGAGCCUCAUUGGUGCCCUCGAUGCCGUGGCUUAA